UUUUUAUCCAAACAACCGCGCGUUGCAUACAUCGCGAAAAAUCUGCCUAUCGCUUGAUAAGUACACGAAGCCCCGAAGCGUUGCCCCGAGUUCUGUAAGGUUCCGAUCCUUGCGAGGAUUAGAAAGCAUGUGUACCUACCUGCGUGACUCUGUCUAUUUCUGACACUCCCGCGAUCGCAGAUCACGCCGAUUAUACCGUUUGUACGAAGGAUAAAUUUUACUUCCAGUUGCAUAAAUAAAGAAUCUGAGGGUGUCGAGGAUGUAUUGGACGUAUAGUCAGGUCCUGACGCUUCUCCUGACAACCCUAAUCGUGGACGGAGGAUCUCUGACAAAGCAAGAAAGUCCCGAGGUGAAGACGUCGAGGAAUAUAAAACGCUCGCCGUUAGAGUUGGGGUUAGUUUCAUUCGAGCUGGACCCAAGCCACGGCGGACAUUUCAGAGUGAUCCACAAAAGCAUUCCGGUUACGUCAAAGUCCCGUACAAUUUCAACAACAUCGACAGUUUCGAGCGAUAAACAUCCAGCCGGGGAUCACGUCCUGAUUCCCGUGGAUCUGGCUAACAACGAGCAUCACGUGAUCUUCCCCAUCGUUGACAAGAUCCAUCAAAUCGAUCCGAGGGUCGUCGUUGACCACAAAGAGCUCCUGCUCGACCACGCGGCAAAAGUUGUUCUUGACCAGAAGCACCUGGUCCUCGAUAGAUCCUCGGAGAAAACCAUCGUCCUCGCGCCCAGACCCCUCGUCUUGAGUCCUUCGGGACACCGGAACCUCAUCGUUGGAGAGCCCAACUCCCACACGGUGUUCUUCGCGCACAAGCCAGUCCUGGUGGGCCGAAACGAGCACGGAACUAACGUCCUUGUUCACUCACGAUCAAAAACGUUAGUCCACAAGAACAUUGGCCUCGGAGGCAACAGGGCCGUCUUGCGCACCCCGAAGAACCAAAUCCACGAGAUAAUCGUUCAUAGACACGUGUCGAAGCCGGUUCCGGAUCAUGAAGACGAAGACCAUAACGUGAACGUAUUUAGGAGCCACUAUGGUGGCUUUGGUGUUGGACUGAAUUAUGGCGGACACGGAGCAGGUCACGGCUUCCAUGUGCCUGUCUUCUGAAUUUUUUCCUCCUAAAGUUCAGCGUUAAUACGAAAGCUACGUGCCGGGAUUCCCGAUGAAGUUUUCGGGAGUAAAUUUACGGCUUACUCCCACACAACUUUUCUCGAAGGGUUAAUUCCGAAACUACAGACGUUCGCACUGGCCGAUAGUGGUCAGGAAACGAUCGCGCUUUGACUUUGCAGAAAAGUAGAAAAUUCUCGAUUUUAGUGCGGUGAGGUGAAAGCUCGUCAAAAGUUCCUCAAAUACGACGCGAUAUUGUGUGCUUGUGUGUGAAAUCAAGCUAACGAAACUAAUCGAGUUUGUCAAAACAUUUCUCAGUUUUUUAUACCGUGUGACAUGUACUUCCUUCGUUGUACCGUAUCGUGACUCUAUGCGACGUACCUUGUAAAUUAAAAAUACUUAUCGAGAACCGGACUUAUCCACCUUGAGCCUCAGCUACUCAAAAUCCUUCCACUGUUACAGCCAACGACGUAAUCAACGACAUCUUUCAUCGUGACAUUUUGAUCAUCUAAUAUUUAUGUUUCCGCGAGUAUGCAGUCUACAAAAUAAACACUUCACUUUUAAGGCGGUGAAAAUCAACGGCGUUGACAGUCCAGUCCGCCAUGUUGCACUAGGACGAUGCAGUGUUUGAUAAAACUGCACUGUUCCGAAUGAUGCCGUUUAUUAUUUAAGACCCUUCGUUUUUCACGUAACAUUGAUCAACCUCAUAUAGAAUAAAUUAACAUGAAAAUUAUAUUGUAACUCAAUCCUGAGUUUAAAUGUAAAAUUGUUAGUCACAAAUUUGGAACAAGUUCAAGGUCUUAUUUGGAUCAGUGUUUAUCAAUUUAAUCUGAACUAAAGAAAUUUAAAUUGCAAUUUAAAGUAAAAUAUCCAAACUCAAGUAUGAGGUCCUUUCACAAGUCGGGAAAAUAUUUUACGAAUUCAAUAUUUAUCCGAGAUUGCCGACACUCGAUGAGUUUAAAGAAGUUGUUAACGAAUCGUAUUUGAUGUGUAACGGAAGAAAUCUUGAUCGCUGUAUUAGGAUACAGGGUGGAUGAUAUAAAAUGGAGUAUUGCUGACAAAACAUAUAGGUAUUCGUUUGCUUUCGAGAUUGAAUUUUCGCUUUCCACAAUGUUUGAUGUUCGAAUAAAAUAAUUAUUGGCUGUUUAUAAAUCUAGGCUUGCAGUUUGUAAUUUUAUAAUUUCUCUCUCUCUCUCUCUCUCACUCAUAGAUAAUUUAUGACAUUCAUUAUAUAAUAGUUAAUUUCAACUUGAACUUGACUUCCGACUGUAAUGUAGAACAUAAAAAAAUCGCAAACUAUAAAAUUAUAUAUCUGUAGAUCUGGCAGUUUCUUUCAUUUCCACCCACCAUAUUAGUUCCGCUAUUUUAAAUUUUCUACAUUUGGUAUCAUCAAUUCCAGGAAAACUUCUGAAAAAAAAUUGACGGUAAAAUCAACAAUGGGUUUGGCUACAUGACCCGGGUCACGUGUCAAGAUGGUUAAUAAUCAUAAUAUAGCCGCAAAUUUUUCAAUUUGCCAACAAAUUUCGAAGACAUGAAAGAAUUUUUAGAAGCACAAUUAUUUCUGCCAUGCACAUACGCGUU